GCAAGGCACUGAGUGAGUGAGGCACACGGAGAUUAGGAAAAACAGAGAGUAGAAAGACGGACAUGUGACACUGAAUACUUUACAGGAACUACCUGAACAGUCAUAUUUCUAUUUCAUAUGGGAGGUAGGAAACAACUACCUGUGGAGUCUCUUCAGAUGGGAAGCACGACCCCCCCAGUGUACCUCAAUGCGAGUGCGGAGAUGAAUAACUCGUCAUCAGACCCAGCUACACAUGAGGAGGGUUUCAGUGACUCCACAAUGAUCCUGCUCGGCAUGAUCAUGUCCUUACUCGUCCUGUGCAUUGUCUUUGGAAACAUCCUGGUCAUUAUAGCAAUUGCCCGCUUCCAGCGUCUCCAAAAUGUCACCAACUGUUUCAUUACAUCCCUAGCCUGUGCUGACCUAGUCAUGGGUCUCAUUGUGGUUCCUUUCGGUGCCUGUUACAUCAUCUUUAAGACCUGGCAUUUUGGUAGUUUCUGGUGUGAGUUCUGGACUGCAACUGAUGUGCUCUGUGUGACUGCAAGCAUCGAGACCCUGUGUGUCAUAGCUAUAGACCGUUAUUUAGCCAUCACCUCUCCCUUCCGCUACCAGUCCAUGCUCACCAAGUGCAAGGCUCGCAUUGUGGUUGUGCUGGUGUGGGUGAUUGCAGCUUUGAUAUCGUUCCUGCCCAUCCACAUGAAGUGGUGGAUAUCAGAUGAUAAGGUGGCUAAGGACUGUAUUAAGGACAGUAACUGCUGUGAGUUCUACACCAACAUGGCUUACGCCAUCACGUCCUCUAUCAUUUCCUUCUACAUCCCUUUAGUCAUCAUGGUUUUUGUCUACAGCCGUGUUUUCCAGGAGGCCAAGCGCCAGCUGAAGAAGAUUGACCAAAGUGUGGGACGUUUUCAUAACAGCGACAACAGCGCUCUCAAAUCUCUGGAGGCCAAUAAUGGGCGCGCCCAAAAGAAAGCUAAGUUUUGCCUUCGUGAGCACAAAGCCCUAAAGACCCUGGGCAUCAUCAUGGGGAUCUUCACUCUGUGCUGGCUGCCCUUCUUUCUGCUCAACGUUGUGGUGGCUAUAUGGAAGGUGGAGGACAUUGAAAUCACCUUCAGGAUACUCAACUGGAUAGGUUACGCAAACUCUGCUUUCAACCCGCUCAUUUACUGCCGGAGUCCUGAGUUCAGGUAUGCCUUCAAGGAAAUCCUCUGCAUGAAGAGGAACCGCCUCAGCAAUGCGGGGCCGGUGAAUGGAUACGUCUACAGCAGGCACAGCUGGCAGAGCGAGCAGCAAGGGAGGAGUAAGGGCAGCUCAGAAGACAGUGACGCCAAUGAAGGGUGUCUGGGCAAAGGAGCGGGGGUCUGCAGUGUUGUAGACAGAGCAAUGGACCCUAACGGGAAUUGCAACAAAAGUCUAACGACUGUCCUUUAAGCUUGGAGUCCUGAGACAUCUGUCAACAGGGUGGUCAAUACAUGUUUACACUGCUCUCAUAAACUUUUUUCCAAUUGACUAAUGAAGGUAAGGCUAGUCGAAAUGACCGGCAGAGUACCUGGAGACUGCUUUAAAGAAACUGUCAUAAUCAUGUCAACUGAGGAAAGUGCGUUUUUCCUCUAAAAAUACAGUGAAUAGAUGCUGUAGAUAGAUCACGUUUCCUUUUGUUACAUUUAGCAUAUUGAUUUACAUCUACCUCAUCACAUCUUUAAGAUUUCUUAACUAUCAAAACUAUUUCACACGACUCACUGUCCAUAGAACUUGCACUAUUGGGCAGUGUCUCAGAUGUUUAUUUUCUCGACUAAAUGGUUUGAGGAUUUUAUAAGUGCUAAUUAUCUGGCUUUUUUUUUUUAUCUCGGAUUUUUUGGCAAAAGACCCCACAAUUUACUGCCAUAAAAUGUUUUUGAAAAUCAAAGUAGAUGUGGUUGUAAAGUCCAUUUGAACAUGUCAAUUUGGCAUGGAUAGUAAUUAACUUAUUUCCAUCAGAAAAUGAAUGAGAAGUAUUGAAGGAUCAAAUGUAAUAUCUCUUUGGUGCUUUUUUUUUUUUUUUUUUUUGAAGAAAUACAUUCCAACUCAACCAAAAUUAUAAUUUGGCUUCAUUUAAUUUUUUAAUUUUUAAUUUUUAUUUUUUUUAUGUAUUGUCUUAGCGUGAAAGAUGAUCAACAACAGGUGUGGCAGAACCUGUCUCUCUCUCUCUCUCUCUCUCUCUCUCUCUCUCUCUCUCUCUCUCCCCCCACUGCUCAGCAAUGUUGUGAGGCCCUGCUCCCGGCUCUAGUGUUUUACAGCCUGUUGCAUGAGAGUUUCUGUUGCCAGGAGAUAGCACCAGAGAUAUGAAUGUUCCCAGUUAUCUGCAUCGCAAUGCUGCAAGCUGAGAAACUGCAGGGGCCAUCCUGUCUGAGUCACAUGAUAAAACAUGCAAGUUUGUAUAGGUUGUGUCAGCCAGGUUAUCAUAGCCCUAAAGAUAGUGUGAGGCAAAUUGUGUUUUGUUUAAUGUGAUUAUUCUACUGACCUUUAAAGGCUGUAGCUGUUCAAAUUCUAAUGCACUUUUUUUUUUUUUUUACAUUUGCUAGUGCGCGUCAUGUAAACCACUAUUUGGUACAUUAUAUAGCCAUUACAUACGUGCAAGGCAAACUAUUAGUCUUUUCUGUCCACCCGCUGUGCCAGUAGCAGUGUAGCAGUACCAGUUGUUCCUAUUGUUGCACAAACCCUGUUUGUUUAUUACAUUUUGUGGUUGCUGUGUUUCGGCAUGUACAGUGUUUACUGAAACCAGAGAAGCUGUUUCCUUAGCCAUGGCACAAGGAUACAAAACCACACACAAUAAUAAACAGUGCGUCGAAAUAGCCAAGUGAUAACAGUUCCAGGCCUGAGACACGGUGCUGGUGAUUACUCAGGCUAAUAAACAGAGAUCAGAAAAACAGAAAAACUGUGCGCCUUUGUCACUGCUCCCUGAUGUUUCCCAGACAUCCCUCGCUGUAAAUGGAUGUCUGGAUCUUCACGAAAUCAAUCUAACAUUUGAAUAAGACGCCCAGGAGUCCGCUGAGCAGAGUCUCAGCUGCUCCAGUUGUUUCAGUCAGUUUCAGUCACUCUCCUUUAGACACUUCUUGGUGUGCAGUCUCCAGGAAAUGCCCCAAUCCAACUGAGACAAGCCAAAUAAAGACAAAUAAAUCCAUUAUCCCUGUUUAGCUGGAGAAUCAGAUAAAUCCCGAAUAAACACAGGACUGAAAUAGAUUAGUAGAUUUAAGAGUGUACAGUUCCCAAUUUGCAGGUUGUGAUGAGCCCUUCUUUCUUAUCACCCAUCUUGAGAUCACAGGCUCUUGAAGAGGUCACUUUUUGAGUUUGGCAUGCACAAAUGGAGAAUGAGCACUUAGCAUUCAAGGCUUUUUACUGGAGAAUUCAUCCCACUUUUUCCACACUAAAUGACUUGCAACAUCAUUACUCUCAACAGGAGUAAUGGCGGUAUUGCACAGAUGUAGCCCCUUUUUACUCAGUCAGUUUGGCAAUCUCUAGUAUGUUCUGAUCAAAGUGACAGCAUGCUAAAUGUGGCUCCUGAAGGCAGGAGGGGGAGCAGGGAUUCUCUGCCAGUCUAAAUCGGUGUAAGUGACCUGUGUUUUAGUGCAUGUGGCGUUGCCUCUGGAGUAAGGUCGGCUGACACCGUCAAAACUGUGAACUUUGUUCCCUCAGAGGAAUCUCUACGUACUGUAUCACUAGGUUUAGUCAGCACUGUUGUCACAGACCUUAGGGAUAGACGUAAACACGGUGUCAUCAUACGUCAGUAUUUUCCAUGUGAAAAACAAGCUUUCCAGUAUGUUGACCUUUUUUUUGUUUUUCUUUUUCAUUGAUUUACAGCAAAGUAAAUGCAGGGGUUGAAUGUCAUAACAAAUGUUCUCCAGGGUUUUUAUUUUUCAACAUUUUCACUGUACAGCAUGCACAAAGCACAAAACAGAUGAAGAUUGUAGACCAGAUUCUAGAUCUAAUGUAUUUAUUCACUUAAAAUAAUUGAAGCAUUGACACUAUAUGAAUGAGUCACUGCUGGAUUAAAAAAAAGAUGUUGGUAUUUAAACCAUCUGUUAAUUUUAGAGGCACCUCACAAGUGAUGGUUUGCAUGUCUGCUAUAUAUCUGUUGUGAUGUGUUUGUAGAUUUUGGUGACGUUUCCUUUCAAAGUGAUCUGUUGUAGUCAAAGUGGAAUAGGUUGUUAACUAUAUAUCCACACUGCUCCCUCUUGGCAGUGGCCUCUCCUUGCACCUCAGCUGUCUCAGAGUUAUUAAUGGUUACUGUUUCAUCAAUACACCUGUAUAAUAAGGAAUGUAAUUCAUGUCUUCACCUCCUCUUGCUGGAGGACACAACACAGUUAUACGCAAUGAGUCUUGAAUGAUUAGCUGGCACUACAACAUUCCACGUACAGCUGAUGGUUUGGAAUCAUAUACGAUUCCUACUGAUGCAUACGAUGUACGGUCAGUUCUCCCAAAAAAGUCUGGACCCAGAUUACCCAGUAACCACUGGUCUGCUCAAUAAAAUGUAUAAAAAGUGGACUCUAGGUUACAGACAAGUCUUAGAGGGCAUAUCAAAAUGCGGUGCACACACCUUCAGUGUAAAAUCUAUGUAUAAUCGAUGUCAUGGAUUUACACAUUUUGAUAUGAUCAGGGCUCAGGUGGGCUAAUGCUAAUGCUCUCCUCACCGAUCUACUGUUGUUCCUAUUGAACAUAUUAGGUCCUUCACUUACUUACAGCAGCACUGUAUAGCACUUUCAUGAAGCAUUUGUAGAUUUUUUGGAACAACUGAAUCCACGUUUGAGUUCACAAGCUAUAAAUAAAUAAUGGCUGAAGAGUUACGCCCGUUAACUUGUACCAUAAUAUUUGUGUGGAAGUUCCUUUUUCCUGUUUGUGACUCAAAAUGAAGAGUCAUGAGAAAACGGUCGCUGUGGAAUCUCAGCGCAGAUUGCCGAUAAAGGUGGACUUUUGCAAAUGUGAAUCUUCUUUGAAAGCUAAAAUGUUGCUUCAGCUGUCAUAUGACAAGUAAACCUAUCAUAUGUGAACUUCUUUUUGUGGCCAGAGUGAAAAAGUCGUCACUCAGCUGAAUGUUUACUAAAUGUUUGCAAGCUAUUUUCGCACAAGUUUUUUUUUUUUUUUUUCACUGUUUGUUAAUGAAGCCUGUUACAACAUGUGGUGUCCUGUGGUAUUUAUGAAAAAGCAAAAAGUGUAUGUGCCGUAACAUUUGUAGCGAAAUAAAUUAUGUACAUGUUGCAUGUAAUGUCCUUA